UCCCUGAUCCCUCAUCCCCGACCCCUCACCCUUGCUCCCUUGUCCCUGAUCCUUGAUCCCUUAUCCCUGAUGCCUCACCCCUGAUUCCUCAUCCAUGAUCCCUGAUCCUUGAUCCCUCAUCCCUCAUCCCUGACCCAUCAUCACCAACCCCCUGAUUCCUGAACCCUCAUCCCUGAUCUCUCAUCACAACCCACAAUUCCUUCAUCCUGACCCCCUGAUUCCCAACCCUCGAUUCUCAAUCCCUGACUCCUGACCCCCGAUUCCCAACCGCCUCAUCCCCAAUCCCGAAAUCCCUGAUUUGCAACCUUGAUUCCCAAUUUCUGCACCCCUCCCGAUUGUAAACCCACUUGUUUCCCAAUCCCCGAUUCCACAACCUCCGAUACCUGAUUCCUGAUCCCCGAUCCCCAAAGCCCUGGCCUGCAAACCCUUCUCAUUUCUACAACCCGAAUUCCCCAAACAGUAAGGAAAAUUCCAAUGAGCAGACCAUGGGUGGUUGAUACAAAUGCUCAGUUUAGAGGGAAAAAAAGAGCCUGGAACUGUGCAAAGGCACAAUGGGAUAUAAUGAAAAAGCAACAAAAAAAUUACCAAAGAAAAGCAUUAAGUCUCUAGAGUUGAAGGCAGUUCCACUGCAGACUGGAGAGGAGGCUGAAUACAUGCUGGCGUUAAAGCAAGAACUGCGGGGAGCCAUGAGGAGCCUGCCGUACUAUGUCAAACCUGCUGCGCCGAAGAAAGAUAUCGAGCGUUAUUCUGACAAAUACCAGUCCUCUGGGCCGACUGACAACACAAUUGAAUGGAAUCCUGAUUGGCGGCGGUUGCCACGGGAACUGAGGAUCCGAAUACGAAAGCCACUAAAAGACAAGACACCCAUCGCUGGCCGCAAAAUAAAACCGAGGACAAGCGUAGAGAAAGAAGAAAUCAUCAAAAAGCUGGAGAAUUUGGAAAAGAAGGAAGAAGCACACAGUUCUGAUGAGGAGGAUGAGCAAGAGAAAGAGGAAGAGGAAAAGGAAAAUGAAGAAGAGUAUGAUGAGGAGGAAUUUGAAGAGGAGACGGACUAUGUCAUGUCAUACUUCGACAACGGCGAGGAGUUUGGGGGCGACAGCGAUGACAAUAUGGAUGAGGCGAUCUACUGAGAGGGGGUACAGUAGUGUCCACGGGCACCAGGCACUGACACUGUGCCAGUCACUGGGCGGUGUGCGCCAUUCCCACUCGUCGGAAAUCUUCUGCUGGAGCCUGCGCACCGUUUGGAUCCUUGUUUGCUCCGUGUGAGCUCUGGAAACUGGCUCAGGACAAGCAGCAGGGAUUUGGACAGCGAAAUCCCACUGGUCACUUGUGUCCAGACUAUGUUCAUUUGUACUCAGUGCCUCUCAGUUCGACUGUGGUUUGGCUUCCUGGUGCGCUCCAGUCUUGGUGAAAUUUCUGUUCGACGCAGGAAUUGCGCCCUGGGUGAGUGAGAUGCAACGAAUGUGGGGACUGCUGUCUGUUAUUUAGCCACAAAGCUUUACUCAUGGGCCUCCUAAUUCCCUUUCGUCAGUCCUGCUCUCUCUCUCUCGCAGUAUCACUGGAUGUUUUGUACACCUUGACCCUCUAACCUCCCUGUGCUGCCAACUCUACUCCUGAGAAGGACAAGGACAGCAGAUACAUGCGCCCCCACCACCCCCCGCCUCCGACCACCACCCUGUGAGCCCCACACACUAUCCUGACUUGGGAACGGUACCAGCCGGUCCUUCAGUGCCAAAACCCUGGAACUCCCUCCCUAACGGCACUGCGUGGGGUGUCCUUAAUCUCAUGGGCAGACUGCAGCAGUUCAAGAUGGCGGCUCACCAACCCCCCACCCUUCCUUGAGGGGCGUUUACAAUAAACGCACAAUCUUCGGCGAUAAUCUCAAAAGCCAAAGGAGCGUUGGCCCAGCGAGCUGGCUUCACCAGUGGAACUUUACAUGCUGCCUGAGUCAUCGGCUCAGUUCAGCCCUUUGCUGCCAGGGCCUGAUGUCAAGGAGCACCGUUCCCAUCACUCGCCAUCAGAUGGAAAGCCGUUGGGCGCAGGAGGGUGGACAGAGAGCCACAAGUCAGCACUCGACAGCAAGAAAGGUCUGAAUGCGCUCAGCAGUGCGUGAGCUUGCUCAGGGUGGGGGGUUUCAUGGGAAGAUGGCUUCCACCUCGCGGAACCAGUCACCCUGCUCCUGAUCACGGGUCACAGGGUCACCAGCACCUGAGAGCUCGCUGCCUUCAUUCCUUCAGUGCUGGGGACAACUGUCUGCUGAGCCCAUCAAAUGUUCCCCCUGCGUCAGCGAUUCACCAGCAACAUUGUUGGCCCAGCAACUGGAGCCAGUGGUGGGGGG